AAUGGCAGACGCUCAGGAAACGGAAGUGGUGAACGGCACAACGAACCAAGAGAAUCAAGAAAACAGUAACAAUCAGCCUCAAGUUGCGGAUCAAGCUACGGGAAACGGAAAUGCCGAAGCACCCAACGCCAACGGCAACACGGAAAAUCACACCGUGCGCGAUGACGACAGAAAAUUAUUCGUUGGUGGACUAAGUUGGGAAACAUCAGACAAGGAACUCAAGGAACACUUCAGCCAGUACGGUGAUAUCGAGAGUAUCAAUGUAAAGACCGAUCCGAACACUGGCCGUUCGCGCGGUUUCGCCUUUAUCGUGUACAAAAGCGCCGACUCGAUCGAUAAGGUCGUAUCGGCGGGCGACCAUGUCAUCAACAACAAGAAGGUUGACCCCAAGAAGGCGAAGGCACGGUACGGCAAGAUCUUCGUCGGUGGGCUGACGUCGGAAAUCAGCGACGAGGAGAUCAAAACAUUCUUCGGCCAGUUUGGAAAUAUCGUGGAGAUAGAAAUGCCAUUCGAUAAGCAGAAGAACCAGCGAAAGGGAUUCUGCUUCAUCACCUUCGAUUCCGAACAGGUGGUGAACGAAUUGCUGAAGACACCAAAACAAACGAUUUCCGGCAAGGAGGUCGACGUGAAGAAAGCGACACCCAAGCCGGAUAACAUGGGCCCGAUGGGCCCGAUGGGUGGUCGUGGUGGCAUGCGUGGUCCGCCCCCGCGUGGCAUGCGUGGUGGACGUGGUGGUCCCGGUGGACCUAAAGGCGGAUACGGUCAAGGAUGGGGCGGACAAGGAUACGGCGGAUACGGCUACGGACAAGGAUACGGCGGUGGUUAUGGUGAUUAUGGUUAUGAUUACUUAACCAGAUGGUAUGGAGGCUACAAUAACGGUGGUUACGAUUUGUCCGGCGGCUAUUACAGUCAUGACUAUGGUUAUGGAGGAUACGAUGGUGGUUACAUUAACGGAGGCCGUCCGGGUGGUCCGCGAGGAGGUGGCAAGGGUGGCGCUGGUACAUAUGGAGGCGGAAAGCAAAGAGGCAAUGGUGGAGGUCGCCAACAGCGUCAUGCGCCUUAUUAAGCUGAUCAUUU